AUGUAUCAUAACCUAAUAGUUACCCCGCAGGAAACUCCUUCAGGAAGUUGUGUGAUCCAUGGGUCUAGCGGGGUGGAUGGUGUUGAUGAUAGUAUUGAGCUUCAGUCUCCAUUUGGUUCAUGUGCAGGUAGUUCUGAUUUGUCAUUUUUUACUUCAAUCCGUAACUCAAACAGUAGCAACGUUGACGAUAAUUUAUUUGGUUUAAGCCCUCAGAGUUGUUCCACUACGUUAAUUUGUGGUUCAUCAAUACAAUCCUCUAAUGUAACCCCUGUAAGGAGGAAUGGUAAUAACCGGACCAUAUCAGAGGGUGAUGGUAUAUUUUUCACUCCCGAACAUGUUAAAAGUGGGGGUACCCUUUCUGCUGCUACCACCAAUGAGGAAUUAAUUCCACCACCCACUGUGGGGCUUAUAUUUGGGAGUUGGGAGGAGGUUGAGGAAUACUAUAAGGGGUAUGCAAAACAACAGGGAUUUGGUGUAUGUAGACCACAAGGUACACAAAAUAAAAACAAGAUUCUGACGGGUGCAACAUGGAGGUGUGAGUGUUAUGGUUCCCCUUAUAUGAGACAGACGAGGGAGGCGAAGAAGAGAGUUAAGAAUAUGCAGUUGGGUGGCACCUCAGUACCAGAGCCACCCCCAAGAAUGAACCGGAAGUCAAAGAAGUGUCAUUGUCUUGCAAUGUUGAGAGCUAGUGUUAAUGGGGUGGGUGAGUGGGAAGUAAAGAGAGUUGUACUGGAACAUGUUAAUCACCAGCCAACUCCCAGCAAGUGGAGGGGAGUGAAGGAGUAUAGGAUGGGUCUUGUUACACAGCAUUUUAAGCAAGGUUUAAUUACGAGUUAUGAUUCGGGAGCUCCAGUGUCACAAGUUAGGGCAAAUCUUGCCGAACGUUUGGGUGGGAUUGAAAAUGUAGUCUUAUCUGAAAAAGACAUGAAUCACAUAGUUCAAACUGAUCGGAAGUUGAAAAUGGAAGGCGGGGAUGCGAAUGCAAUGAUGGCCUAUUUUGAGGGGUUACAAAAGGACAAUGACAAAUUUUACCACGCUCAUAGGCUUGAUCAGGGAGGUCAUCUAAAGGACAUUAUGUGGGUUGAUGCAAGGAGCCGUGUAGCCUUUAGUGACUUUGGGGAGGUUGUAUGCUUCGAUGCCACGUACCUAACCAACUCGUAUGAGCUACCUUUUGCAAAUUUCGUAGGGGUGAAUCAUCAUGGACAUUCACUGUUGCUAGGCUGUGCAUUGAUGUCCCGUGAAGAUUGUGAUAGUUUUAGUUGGUUGUUUAAGCAGUGGCGUAUUUGCAUGGGUGGUAGAUGUCCUGCCGCCAUUUUAACUGACCAGGCGCCAGCAAUGAGACGUCCCUUGUAUGCAGAGUUGAAAGAUGUGGUGAAAGAGGUUGUGUAUGAGAGUUUAUGCGUAGAGGAGUUUGAGACUAGGUGGUUUAAUAUGUUAGUUGAAUAUGAGGUUAAAGAUCAUGCCAAGAGUAAUGAUUGGCUCAGUGAUAUGUAUGAGGAAAGGAAAAUGUGGGUGCCUGCAUAUAUGAACAAUUACUUUUGGGCCGGAAUGAAGACAACGCAGCGCGUAGAGUCAAUAAACUCUUUUUUUGAUGGUUUUUUGGAGAGGAGCACUAAGUUGUUUGAGUUUCCUAAAAAGUAUUGUGCCGCUAUGAAUAAAAGGUGUAGCGAUGAAAAAGAUGCGGAUGCUAAUGGUAUGAAAUAUAUCCGUAAACUGGUAAAGGUUGAGAAAAAGAUUUCGGAGACAGAGUUUGAAUUUAAUUUGGAGGACCGGGUGUGGAUAAUUUUGAAAGGGAAAAGUGAAGAGGUUUUGACGAAGCAUUGUAUUCGUGUGUUAUAUACUAACAACGUUGAUGAUGUUCCUGAAAGAUACAUCCUUAGGCGAUGGCGGAAGGACGUAUAUCGGAAGCACAUGCAUGUUACGGUUGCUUCAUAUGAUCCCACAAAGAGCGAGGUUGUAAAAAGGUUUGGUAAAAUGUUGUUACAAUGUGAGCCAAUAUGCGAGGAAGCAACAAUCAAUGAUCAAACAAUGCAGUUUGUAUUGAAUGAAUUGCAAACCCUCCAGAUAGCUGUUACCGAGAGGGUUAAUGUUGUGAAACAAAAUCAAAAUUUUUUGCCACUUGAGUCACUACCAUUUCAAGAUCAAGUGGACACCACAGAAGGAAAUAUUAAGAACCCUCUAAGUAGGAGUAAGAAGAAACGUGGGAGGCCAAUAAUUUCAAGACACAAGGCUUUGGGUGAGAAUAAUUGUUGGAAGACCAAAAAAAAGGGUACGAAUAAGGUGAAUGCUGAUCCGAAAGGAACGGAUGUUGAAGGACCCUCAGAGGGCGUGUCGAGUGUGGACGGAACGUUCCCGGGCAUUAGCUUGGUGGAACAGUCCCUGAACGAGGAUAUACGAUCUAUUUCCGCCUUUCCGGAUGAUGAUAUAUUAUUAAGUCGCAAUAGCAUUGUGUGGUGCGAAGAUGUUGUACUUGAAGGCCAAAGUGGUCUUACACGUGAGUAA